AUGUCCCUCCUCACAGCUGCGACCAGUCUGGUCAACUUUGGACAACGCCAGCUCGACCGUCUUGUCCCUCCCGAGUCCCGGCAGAAGGUCUACGCGAGAGUUCAAGACUUUGCAGCGGAACGCCCACUCCUUUUUAGCUUCAUCGUGGUUCAAGCAGUCGUCUCCGUCAUGCCCGUCUUUCUUUUUUUAAGCUUCCUCUGCUUCCUCAUCUUCUUGGCCGCCACGGCCGCUCUGCUCUUCAGCGUCUUCUGGACCAUGAUUGCCAUCUUCAUCCUCGUUCCUGCGCUCGGCAUCACAACCAGCAUCGGCCUCUUUCUCUGGAGCAUGGGCCUCGCCGCAUUUUUCACCGCGCGUACGGGCUUCACCGGCCUGCGCAGAAUUGCUGCCGCGCCGGAGCCCCAGAAGCGUGGCCGGGACUUGGACGAAGUUGAUGGAGCGUCUCCUCCCGUCGAGCCCACCGAUUCCUCGUCCUCGUCGUUCCCAUUAUCGUGGACCAACGUCGAUGGUCAAGAUAUCAAACAGGAAAACGGUGCAGAGAACAAGCAGACGGUACUGGCACACCCCGACGCAGGCUCCGACCUGGACGCUCUGGAGACAUAG